AUGAUACGAUUUAUUCUUAUCCAGAAUCGUGCAGGCAAAACUCGUUUAGCCAAAUGGUACAUGAACUUUGAUAAUGAUGAAAAACAGAAACUGAUUGAGGAAGUGCAUGCUUGUGUAACUGUACGAGAUGCUAAACAUACGAAUUUUGUGGAGUUUCGAAAUUUCAAAAUAGUGUAUCGGCGUUACGCUGGUCUGUAUUUUUGCAUUUGUGUUGAUAUACUAGACAAUAAUUUGUAUUAUUUGGAGGCAAUACAUAAUUUCGUGGAAGUUUUAAAUGAAUAUUUUCACAACGUUUGCGAACUUGAUCUAGUCUUCAAUUUUUAUAAGGUUUAUACAGUUGUGGAUGAAAUGUUUUUGGCAGGUGAAAUACGUGAAACUUCGCAAACUAAGGUGCUAAAGCAGCUGCUUAUGCUUUCAUCUUUGGAAAAAUGUAGCGAAUGUGUAAUCCGAAAACAAUGUUUCGGUGAUUGA